AUUUUCGGAGCUAAAAAAAAAUUGCAACAAAAAACAAAUUUUCCAACGUUUUAAAUUAGUUUGUAGCGUAAUUAAGUAGCUUUGGUGAGUGUGAGAAGCUCUCAAACGUGACGACGACUGUCAGGGAAAGAGAGCACACAUAUAGAGUGUCAGAGAGCGAGACUGAGACAGAGUGAAAGGCAAGCCCACAGCGCCCGCACAGACACACACAAAGCCAGCCCUCAUCAUCCUCACAUUUGCCUCUUCACAUCUCAUUCAGCAUUGAGCCCCAAACCAGGAGAUGUCUCUCAAGCCGAAAAUAGUGGAAUUUGUGGAAGUCUGGCCACGGCUCCGUUGCAUAGCCGAAUCGGUGAUAACAUUGAGCAAAGUUGAACGCGCCGUUUGGAAUACCAGCUUUAGUGAUGUUUAUACGCUAUGCGUGGCACAACCGGAACCGAUGGCCGAUCGUCUAUAUAGCGAGACAAAGAUUUUCCUUGAAUCGCAUGUCCAGGAGAUGCUUAAUAAAAAGGUUUUAGCAGCAAAUGAUGCAGCUAAUGCCAAUUCAACAACAACAACAACUGCAACAGUUGGCAGCAAGCCGGAUUUGCUGCAACGUUACUAUACCACAUGGAUGGAAUAUAGUCAAGGCAUUAAAUAUCUACAUCAGCUGUACAUUUAUCUAAAUCAACAGCAUAUAAAGAAGCAAAAAAUAACAGAUACCGAAUCGUUUUAUGGCAAUCUGUCGAGCGAUGCCGCCGAACAAAUGGAAAUUGGUGAACUUGGCCUUGAUAUUUGGCGUUUAUAUAUGGUUGAAUAUCUGGCCACAGAGCUAGUGCGUCACAUAUUGGAGGGCAUUGCUGCUGAUCGUGCCAGUAAUGGUUCAUUGGACUCACAUCGUGUUCAGAUUAUAAAUGGAGUGAUACAUAGUUUUGUUGAAGUACAGGAUUAUAAGAAAACUGGUUCAUUGAAACUAUAUCAAGAGCUUUUCGAGGCACCCAUGCUGGAAGCUAGUGGUGACUAUUAUACGAAUGAGGCGAAUAAAUUAUUGCAACGUUGCAAUGUCUCACAAUAUAUGCAGGAAGUGAUCAAGAUACUGGAAUAUGAAAGUAAACGUGCACAAAAAUUCUUACAUGUUAGCUCACUGCCCAAAUUGCGUAAACAAUGUGAAGAGAAGUUUAUCAAUGAUCGUCUGGGUUUUAUAUAUUCGGAAUGUAAUGAAAUGGUUUCCGAGGAACGACGUCAAGAUCUACGUAAUAUGUAUAUUGUGCUUAAACCUAUACCCGAUAAUCUAAAGUCUGAGCUAAUACAAACCUUCCUUGAGCAUAUUAAGAACGAGGGUCUGCAAACGGUUGCCGCACUGAAAGGUGAAAAUAUACACAUAGCCUUUGUGGAGAACAUGCUGAAAGUGCAUCAAAAAUAUCAAGAGCUAAUUGCGGAUGUCUUUGAGAAUGAUUCAUUAUUUUUGAGUGCAUUGGAUAAGGCAUGCGCCAGUGUGAUCAAUCGUCGUCCUAGUGAGCGGCAGCCAUGUCGCAGCGCCGAAUUUGUGGCCAAAUACUGUGAUACUCUGUUAAAGAAAUCGAAAACCUGCGAAGCGGAAAUUGAUCAAAAAUUGACAAAUAACAUAACUAUAUUCAAAUAUAUCGAGGAUAAGGAUGUCUAUCAGAAGUUCUAUAGUCGAUUAUUGGCGAAACGUUUGAUACACGAACAGAGUCAGAGUAUGGAUGCCGAAGAGGGCAUGAUCAAUCGUUUAAAGCAAGCCUGCGGUUAUGAAUUCACCAAUAAACUUCAUCGUAUGUUUACGGAUAUUUCUGUAUCAACAGAUUUGAAUAAUAAGUUUAACAAUCAUUUGAAGGACAACAAUGUUGAUUUGGGCAUAAAUCUCUCGAUUAAGGUACUACAAGCUGGAGCUUGGCCUUUGGGCUCAACGCAAUUUAUAACAUUUGCGGUACCACAGGAAUUUGAAAAAUCUAUCAAAAUGUUUGAGGACUAUUAUCAUAAAUUAUUUAGCGGUCGAAAAUUAACCUGGCUGCAUCAUAUGUGCCAUGGUGAAUUGAAAUUAAGCCAUCUAAAAAAAUCAUACAUUGUGACCAUGCAGACCUAUCAAAUGGCCAUUAUGUUACUAUUCGAGACAUGCGACAGUUUGACAUGUCGUGAGAUACAAAAUACACUGGAAUUAAGCGAUGAAACAUUUCAAAAGCAUAUGCAGCCAAUGAUUGAGUCAAAGCUGUUGAGUGCCAGCUCUGAGAAUCUCUCCGGUGAGACGCGUAUCGAAUUGACUUUCGAUUAUACAAAUAAGAGGACGAAAUUUAAAAUUAGCUCAGCACUGCAAAAGGAUACGCCACAGGAGGUGGAGCACACAAUUAAUUCGGUUGAUGAAGAUCGAAAACUAUUUCUGCAAGCAGCCAUAGUGCGUAUAAUGAAGGCGCGCAAAGUCCUAAAACACAAUGCACUGAUACAGGAGGUCCUUUCAUUAUCAAAAGUCAGCUUUACGCCCAAUAUUGCGAUGAUUAAGAAAUGCGUGGAAUCGUUAAUUGAUAAACAAUAUAUAGAGCGUACGGCAAACUCGGGCGAUGAAUAUAGUUACAUGGCUUAGACUGCAUAUACAAACAAACAAACAAACAAACACACACCCAACAUACAUACACAAACACCCACACACACACACACACACACACACACACACACACAGAUGCAGAAUGAAUGGGCAGUUUCUUAGAGAUUAUCUUAGCCUACGAAAUCUAAGUAAAUUUAAAAAUCUUCAUCCCCCAAUAAUAAUUGUAAUAUCUAUUAAUA